UACACAUUCCUCCGCGCCGGAAGAGCGCAUCCCUCCUCCGCUCCGACAGCUUCCCACCACUCCUACUUCUCCUAGAGGAGUGAUCGUGGAAUCCUCGAGGGUGGGCCGUCUGGACUCGUCGGACUGCGCAAAACUGUCGCCGGCAAGGAAAGAAGGAGCGACACUGAGCUUCCGGGAAAGGGAGGAAGAAAAAAGGGUCGCACAACGAGGCGUCGCGGCGGAGGGAUUUGAUAGUACGUUGACUUCCGGAAAAUUUUGCCUCUGAGAGGAAAAGCCCUGGAGGAAACAAUAACAAACGAGAGGAGGAAGUGGGUCUGGUGUUCCUCUGUUGAGCUGUUUUUUGUCGGAGAAGAUGUGCUUCGGCCCCUGUCAGGGGACGUGAAAAGCUUGGCGGGGUUCAGAGCGCUUUUCUCCACCUGUUUGCCCACGGGACCCUCCUGGGUAUUGUCAUGGCGGGCGUGGGGCCGGGGGGCUACGCGGCGGAGUUCGUGCCACCCCCGGAAUGCCCAGUGUUUGAGCCCAGCUGGGAGGAGUUCACAGACCCGCUCAGCUUUAUCGGCCGCAUCCGGCCUCUGGCUGAGAAAACCGGCAUUUGCAAGAUCCGACCGCCCAAGGAUUGGCAACCUCCAUUUGCAUGUGAAGUAAAAAGCUUUCGCUUCACUCCCCGAGUCCAGCGCCUGAAUGAACUUGAGGCAAUGACCAGAGUGAGGCUGGACUUCUUGGAUCAACUAGCAAAAUUUUGGGAACUUCAGGGUUCUACUUUGAAGAUCCCUGUGGUGGAGAGAAAAAUCCUGGAUCUGUAUGCUUUGAGCAAGAUUGUUGCCAGUAAAGGAGGUUUUGAAAUGGUCACCAAAGAGAAGAAAUGGUCCAAAGUGGGUAGCCGCUUGGGAUAUCUGCCAGGCAAAGGAACUGGGUCUCUUUUGAAGUCACACUAUGAAAGAAUUCUCUACCCAUAUGAGCUUUUCCAAUCUGGUGUCAGCCUUAUGGGUGUACAAAUGCCCAAUUUAGAUCUUAAGGAAAAAGUGGAGCCUGAGGUUCUUGGCACUGAUAUUCAAGCUUCCCCAGAGCCGGGUACAAGAAUGAACAUUCUACCGAAGAGAACAAGACGUGUCAAGUCACAGUCAGAAUCUGGACAAGUGAAUAGAAACACAGAAUUGAAGAAACUUCAGAUUUUUGGGGCUGGACCCAAGGUUGUGGGCCUGGCAAUGGGAGCAAAAGAUAAAGAAGAUGAGGUCUCCCGAAGACGAAAAGUUACCAACAGGUCAGAUGCAUUUAACAUGCAAAUGAGACAACGGAAAGGAACGCUCUCUGUUAACUUCGUUGAUCUCUAUGUUUGUAUGUUUUGUGGUCGGGGAAACAAUGAGGACAAAUUGCUUUUGUGUGACGGAUGUGAUGACAGCUAUCAUACAUUUUGUCUAAUUCCCCCACUGCCUGACGUGCCUAAAGGAGACUGGAGGUGUCCAAAAUGUGUUGCUGAGGAAUGUAACAAACCUCGAGAAGCCUUUGGAUUUGAACAAGCUGUACGAGAAUAUACUCUUCAGAGCUUUGGAGAGAUGGCAGAUAAUUUUAAGUCUGAUUAUUUCAACAUGCCAGUCCAUAUGGUUCCCACAGAACUAGUAGAGAAGGAAUUCUGGAGGCUGGUGAGCAGUAUUGAAGAAGAUGUUAUUGUAGAGUAUGGGGCUGAUAUCUCCUCAAAAGACUUUGGAAGUGGAUUUCCUGUAAAGGAUGGGCAAAGGAAGAUGCUGCCAGAAGAAGAGGAAUAUGCACUUUCUGGUUGGAACUUGAAUAACAUGCCUGUUCUGGAGCAGUCUGUACUUGCACAUAUUAAUGUGGACAUCUCUGGUAUGAAGGUACCAUGGCUCUAUGUGGGAAUGUGUUUCUCUUCUUUCUGCUGGCACAUCGAAGAUCAUUGGAGUUACUCUAUCAAUUACUUGCACUGGGGAGAGCCAAAGACAUGGUAUGGAGUGCCAUCUCAUGCUGCAGAACAACUGGAGGAGGUGAUGAGGGAGCUGGCCCCUGAGUUAUUUGAAUCCCAGCCUGAUCUCCUACAUCAGUUAGUCACCAUCAUGAACCCCAAUGUGCUAAUGGAGCAUGGUGUGCCUGUGUACAGGACCAAUCAGUGUGCUGGCGAGUUUGUUGUGACAUUUCCUCGUGCCUAUCACUCAGGAUUUAACCAGGGCUACAACUUUGCUGAAGCUGUGAACUUCUGUACUGCUGACUGGUUGCCCAUUGGACGUCAGUGUGUAAAUCAUUACCGACGACUAAGGCGCCAUUGUGUCUUUUCACAUGAGGAACUUAUUUUCAAAAUGGCUGCAGAUCCAGAAUGCUUAGAUGUUGGGCUGGCUGCCAUGGUCUGCAAAGAAUUGACUCUCAUGACUGAAGAAGAGACACGAUUAAGAGAGUCUGUUGUACAAAUGGGUGUCCUAAUGUCAGAAGAAGAAGUGUUUGAACUUGUUCCUGAUGAUGAACGACAGUGCUCAGCAUGCAGAACCACAUGUUUCCUCUCUGCCCUCACAUGCUCAUGUAAUCCUGAGCGACUUGUGUGUCUCUACCAUCCAACAGAUCUGUGCCCGUGCCCCAUGCAGAAGAAAUGUCUUAGAUACCGCUACCCCUUAGAAGACCUUCCUUCUCUGCUGUAUGGUGUGAAAGUCAGGGCACAGGCCUAUGACACUUGGGUCAAUCGUGUUACAGAAGCAUUGUCUGCCAGCUUCAACCACAAGAAAGAUUUGAUUGAAUUACGAGUAAUGCUGGAAGAUGCUGAGGAUAGAAAAUACCCAGAGAAUGAUCUCUUUCGAAAACUCAGGGAUGCUGUAAGAGAAGCUGAGACCUGUGCUUCCGUGGCUCAGCUGCUUCUGAGCAAAAAGCAGAAACACAGACAGAGCCCAGAUAGUGGAAGAACUCGGACCAAACUGACAGUGGAGGAAUUGAAGGCCUUUGUACAACAGCUGUUUAGUCUUCCAUGUGUCAUCAGCCAAGCCCGACAAGUAAAGAAUCUGCUGGAUGAUGUGGAAGAGUUUCAUGAACGUGCUCAGGAGGCCAUGAUGGAUGAAACCCCAGAUUCUUCCAAACUCCAAAUGUUAAUAGACAUGGGCUCUAGCCUCUAUGUGGAGCUACCUGAAUUACCCCAACUGAAGCAAGAGUUACAGCAGGCUCGAUGGUUAGAUGAAGUAAGAGUGACUUUGUCAGAUCCACAGCAAGUCACUUUGGAUGUCAUGAAGAAACUGAUAGACUCAGGAGUGGGGUUGGCACCCCACCAUGCUGUGGAAAAAGCAAUGGCUGAACUGCAGGAGCUCCUUACAGUCUCUGAGCGAUGGGAAGAAAAGGCCAAGGUCUGCCUACAGGCAAGACCACGGCAUAGCCUGGCAAGUUUAGAAAGCAUUGUGAAUGAAGCCAAGAACAUUCCAGCCUUUCUUCCCAAUGUGUUGUCCCUGAAGGAAGCCUUACAAAAGGCUCGAGAAUGGACAGCUAAAGUGGAAGCUAUUCAGAGUGGCAGCAACUAUGCUUACUUGGAGCAGCUGGAGAGCUUAUCUGCUAAAGGACGCCCUAUCCCUGUGCGUCUUGAUGCACUGCCCCAAGUGGAGUCACAGGUAGCAGCAGCACGUGCAUGGAGAGAACGGACUGGGCGGACCUUUCUUAAGAAGAAUUCUAGCCAUACGUUGUUACAGGUGCUAAGUCCUCGGACUGACAUUGGUAUUUAUGGAAGUGGUAAAAAUAGAAGGAAAAAAGUAAAAGAGUUACUAGAAAAAGAAAAAGAAAAGGAUCUUGACCUUGAGCCUUUGAGUGAUCUGGAGGAAGGAUUGGAAGAAACAAGAGAUACAGCCAUGGUGGUGGCAGUUUUCAAAGAACGGGAGCAAAAAGAGAUUGAAGCCAUGCAUUCUCUUAGAGCAGCCAACCUAGCCAAGAUGACAAUGGUGGACCGCAUAGAAGAAGUAAAAUUUUGCGUUUGCCGCAAGACAGCCAGUGGGUUUAUGCUCCAGUGUGAGCUCUGCAAAGACUGGUUCCAUAACAGCUGUGUUCCUCUUCCUAAAUCAAGUUCCCAGAAGAAAGGGUCCAGCUGGCAGGCUAAAGAAGUAAAAUUCCUUUGCCCCCUUUGUAUGCGGUCUCGAAGGCCCAGGCUGGAGACUAUUCUGUCACUCCUGGUAUCCCUUCAGAAGUUGCCUGUACGGUUGCCUGAAGGUGAAGCCCUACAGUGUUUGACAGAACGUGCUAUGAGUUGGCAAGAUAGAGCGCGGCAGGCCCUAGCUACAGAUGAACUGUCUUCUGCACUGGCAAAACUGUCUGUGUUGAGUCAGCGUAUGGUGGAGCAGGCAGCUCGAGAAAAAACUGAAAAGAUCAUCAGUGCAGAACUUCAAAAGGCAGCUGCCAAUCCUGACUUACAGGGACACUUAACUAGUUUCCAGCAGUCUGCUUUUAACCGUGUGGUGAGCAGUGUAUCAUCUUCCCCUCGACAAACAAUGGAUUAUGAUGAUGAAGAAACAGAUUCUGAUGAAGACAUUAGGGAGACAUAUGGCUACGACUUGAAGGAUACAGCCAGUGUGAAGUCCUCUAGCAGUUUGGAACCCAAUCUUUUUUGUGAUGAGGAGAUUCCCAUUAAGUCUGAGGAGGUGGUGACCCACAUGUGGACAGCUCCUUCAUUCUGUGCAGAACAUGCUUAUUCUUCUGCUUCUAAGAGUUGCUCUCAAGGUUCUAGUACCCCGAGGAAACAACCUCGGAAAAGCCCUUUGGUACCCCGAAGUUUGGAACCCCCAGUGUUGGAGUUGUCACCUGGAGCUAAAGCCCAGCUGGAAGAACUUAUGAUGGUUGGAGAUCUCCUAGAAGUAUCUCUGGAUGAGACUCAGCACAUAUGGCGUAUUUUACAGGCCACACACCCACCCUCUGAAGAUAGAUUCCUGCAUAUUAUGGAGGAUGACAGCAUGGAAGAGAAACCGUUAAAAAUAAAAGGAAAGGAUUCUUCAGAGAAGAAACGGAAACGGAAGUUAGAAAAGGUAGAACAGCUUUUCGGAGAAGGCACAAAGUCCAAGGAGUUGAAGAAAAUAGACAAACCUAAAAAGAAGAAACUAAAAUUAAGUACAGAUAAAUCAAAGGAGCUGAACAAACUGGCCAAGAAACUGGCAAAAGAAGAAGAGAGAAAGAAAAAGAAGGAGAAGGCUGCUGCAGCCAAGGUUGAGCUUGUGAAAGAGAAUACUGAAAAGAAGAGAGAGAAAAAAGUGCUGGACAUCCCCUCAAAGUAUGACUGGUCGGGAGCAGAGGAAUCUGAUGAUGAGAAUGCAGUAUGUGCAGCACAAGACUGCCAAAGGCCCUGCAAGGACAAGGUAGACUGGGUACAGUGUGAUGGUGGCUGUGAUGAGUGGUUUCAUCAAGUUUGUGUGGGUGUAUCUCCAGAAAUGGCUGAAAAUGAAGAUUACAUCUGUAUAAACUGUGCAAAGAAGCAGGGGCCAGAUAGCCCAGGUCAAGCACCACCUCCUUCCUUCAUAAUGAGCUACAAACUACCAGUGGAGGAUCUUAAGGAGACCAGUUAGCAAAUACUUGGUUAGUUUGGGACAUGGGGGGAAAUGGACCACACUGAGAUCUUAGUCGUCAAGUAGAGUGGUUUAGAUCCACUCAGAAAGUUGUUUCCAAAGACGAAUGGCCUUCAGAGAAAGUCCUCUUAGUGUUGGCUUCCUCUUUGCAUGGAUUGUGUGAGCUACAUUCUCUAUCAACACAUCUAUGCAGAGAGUAUCUUCUGUGGUAUUGCAGCUGAUAUUUCAACUUAGAUGUUUCCUCUGAGUAUGGUUUGCUGUAUUAAGAUCAGACACUUGAUUGAGCUCUAGGGUGGCUGGUUAGCAUUAAUACAUUGGUGUGCUAGCAGAUGCUGUGGGAUGUGGCUUAUGGCUAGUUGAUAUUAGCUAAAUGCUUACAGCCUAGGGGCAGCACCAUCUGGAGGCAGGCAUGGUGCAGAUUGCUUGGAUCUCCUUAGUUGGGAUAGUUGGAGAAGGGUCAGAGAACUGCUUUCCUUCCACUUUUACUGGGUACUUAAUGUCCUACAGAUACAACUAGGAGGAACAGGGCUGAAAUUAUUCCUGUUAGAAGUCGUGGGAUAGUAGCAUAGUCACAGACCUCAGCUACUUGUGCUCAUUUGUACCAAGAAGAAAGGAGCCUCUCACCAUCUGGGGCAGAUCACCCUGUCUUCCUAAGGAGGAGGAUGUCAUCUAGUUCAGAAAUCUGAAUAGACUGGAUUCUGGGAAGAAGAAAACAUUUUUAAUUUCAAGCAAAAGAGCCUUUUGGCUUUAUGAAGUCUUGCUGUCUUCGGUCUACAUCUUAGAGAAGAGCAGGUACAUGGAUCCAGGCUUCUGCAAAUAAAAGAAGACAAGUCAGAAUGUCUUACAGAGCGGAAGUGAUGCAUGCCUUUUGGGGAAACCUUCAUUCACAAGUAUUCCAGAUAUCACCAGAUCACCAGGCUUCAGGCAUGGCCGUGAGCAAGACCAGCAAAUAACAGCUUUUCCCUGCAGCCCCGACCCCAAUGUCUGCUGCUUUCAACACUGGCCGUUUCUGAUUGUGGCCCAUGAGCAACAGAUGUUCUUGAGUAAUACCCUGGCUUAUUCAGAGGAUGUGGGGUUGUAGUACCUCUGGGUGAUGAGGUUGUUUUAGUAAAUCUAUUUAAAAAAAAAGAACUUGUUUUUACUUUUUUCUAAAUGUAUCUGACUACUGACUGUUCUAUAAAUAGAUUAUUUUUCCUUUUUUAAUAUACAUAUAUGAAUAUAUAAAUAUAUAUAUUUACUGUUACCAGCAGCAUAAGGCAGAGUUUCAGCAUCAAAAAUCCAUCUGUGAGCUUGCUUUUUCUUUUUUGCCUUUUAAUAAAGAAUCCUAUUUUUUCCUUGUAGUGCAAGGAACUAGCACUUCCUUUUCCAUUCUACUCUGACCAGAGCUGCUUCCUUUUUGUUUUUGUUCAAGUAGAUAAUUAAUAUUUCUUCUCUGUGUUGGGACUUGUCCCUAUCUGUUGGGAAACUUGGUCUUACCUAGUCUGUACUGGCUGUGUGUGUGUGUGUGUGUGGGUGGUGGUGGUGGUUGUUGCUGUUUUGUAUAUGAAUGUUUGAAACUAUGGUGCUGUGUCCUCUCCCCUCCUAAUGUGUUCCUGUUCUUGUUCAUUUGUUAGGUAAGCUGUAUGUAAGUUCUUCGUAGAAGGGGACUAGUUUUUUUAAAAGAAAGGAAAAAACUCUACUAAAAAUAGUGUUUUGUCUUUACUAUCCUGUGACCCUUUAUUUUGGUUUAAAAAUCUGUGGUUUGACUUAAUUCAUCAGUUUUCCUUUAAAAGGGGGGAGUUGGGUUGUCCCAGAGAACAGUUUAUAGUCUCCUCUUCCCCCUUUGCCCCAGUUUCCUUUAAAGAAAUGUCUUCUAGUAACUAGAAGUGAAAUGUACUGUCCAGUUACAGUUUGAGUGGGUAUGAGAAUUUAACUCAAAAGGCAUCUUGCUAAAAAUUAAAAUAAAAAAAAAGCAAAAGCUUUCCUGUAAAAUCUGGUUUCUGUAAAUGCUUUCUCUGUGGUUCAUACUACCUAUUUUUUAUUCACUCUUCCCUUAAUUCUGUAUAACAUUUUGAGUGUUGUGACCUGUUAAGAGGUUCAUAUGUGUUGCUAUGCAUUUAUCUUGAGACCUCAUCUCAAGCAGGUGUGUGUGUGAUUUAAGAUUUCAGUGGAGAUUGCAAGGUAACUAAUCAAUUUCAUAGGUUUUCAUUUUGGCAAACUAAAGAUAUCAUUUAAUUAAAUUCACUUGAUUGUUGUUAUGGAAGAAAGCACGAUAUAUUUUGCCUUUUGGUCUUCUUGGUAGAAGUCUUCAAAUACUUGUGGGCUAAAAAUUGAAUGCAAUUUUUAAGUGAUGGCUGCCUGGAAUACAUUUUUAAAUUUUGUUUUUCUUUCCUAAUCAUCUGUUAACUAUUCUGCCAUCACAAGAGGUUCAUGAGAAUGCUGAAAAACUUGGCUAUUAAGGUGCUUAGCUUCUCGGAGUAUUGUGGAUGGAUAUGGGUGGCUGUUUGGGGAAUAAUUUAUGUUCCUGAUAUGGUAGGUACCUCCUGGAGACCUGUUAGAAAACGUGAGGCAGUUUUCAACUAAUGAGUAUCUUCCUGUUAAAUUUUUCUUCUGACAUUUUGAAACUUAAAUGUAUUGUUUAAUUGAUUACUGUAGGACUUUCUGUAUUUAUUUGAAUAUCACAGAUUCGUUCUGAUUCCUCACCACUACACACAGAUUUAGACCAAGGCUGAGAAAAACAGAUGAGAGAAAUUAGUUUAAAAAAAAAAAAAAAUUCAACAUAUAGAAAUCUGCAAUUUUGGAAUUAAUGCAGUAAGAUUCAUCUGUUUAAAGAAAUGCUGGUAUUCUAUAUAAAGCAUUUUCAAUUAGAAGAAAUUAUUUACAACUUAUUCCUUUCUACAUUACUUGAACAUUAACAAAACUUGAUUUAAAACAGUUUUCUACACUUCCCAUCCCCUCAGAAUUUCAUUUCUUCCCCAUUAGUAUUUUAAUUUACAUGUUUAAUCCUUUUCAAAGGUAUUUCUCACCAUCUUCAAUUAUAAAUUAUUUUGAAAAAGUCUGUAGAAAGAAAAAUGAAAAAAUGAUAGAUCUCUGAUAUUUUCAAAGGGGUCAUUAGAACUAUACAAAUCCACAAAUGUAGAAGAAUAACCAUAGCACUGGUAAUUAGCUUUAUUUACGGGGACAUAUCCUCCACCCCACACACAAAUCUUUUAUUUCACUUUUUGUUCAUUUUUGCAGCAAAGCCACAUUGAGAUAUGUAGAUGUUGGGCAACCAACUAGGCUUAGUAGCUUCUACAAACCAGCUCUGCACUACAUGAUUCAUAUUCAUGCCUCAGUAAAAUUAUGGAGUACUGCAUGUCAUACUUGUACUUUUCAAAAAGGCAAACAUUAAAUCAUUAAAUCUGUGAUUGCUUGCUAUCUACUCUAAUGAUCAAAAACAUGCUGAAGGCUGAUGGACCUGUAAGAUUGCAUGAUUUUGCCUGUGCUUCAUUUCUGUUCUUCUAUGCCUUUGUCUUUGUUAAGUUUCCUAGAACUGUCAGUUCAUUUGCUUUUUCUUAAUUUAGAUUCUGGAUGCAAUCCAAUGCAUGUAAAAAAACUCACUGCUUGCCAGUAUUUUAAUUAUAUAGUACAUUUAUGUGAGUAUCAGUCAGUACUGAAAGCAGGAGGAUGAAAGAAAAAAUUGAGAAAGCCCCUCUUUUAAAGGGUGGGAUUAUCCACCUUUUAAAAGAGAAAGUGACAAUUUAGAGUGGGAUUUGAAAUUCUAAACUGAGAAAGUUAAGCUGUUGAAAUUCCAUAUAUAACCAGGUUCAAUAAAGUUUGACAUGUGAAUUAGCUUCGUAGGUUUGUAGAAAGUUGCUUUUGCAAUAUGUCUUUAAAUAUAAGUUUAGAAAGAAAAGCAGGCAGUUAAGAUUUUUUUACUUUUUGAAAUUCUUCACUCCUUUUAUUAAAGCAUAUCAUUACUUCUUUGGAUGUGGAUGUGGUUUUUACAGCAUGAGAGGGAAAGAAUGAAUGUUAAUAUAUUUUGGAAUUUGUCUUCUCUUGGCCUGGAUCAUAUCUAGUAACCACUAUGCAACAAAUGAUGUGCACUGGGAAAGGAUGUGAUGAGUUUUUAAAGAUGUAACCUGCUUGUUCUUUCUUUUACAGUGCUCCAAGCUCUUCCAAACAGGAAUGUCUUUUGUAAACCUCAAGACUCCCUAUUGUUUAUUCCCUUACAUAUUUAUUUACCUAUUAGUUGGACACUUAAAUAUAACAUGGACUCUCAUUUUACCAGGGUUAUUGGUGGUGCCUUAUAAAAAGUAUAACUUAA